AUGAGUGCGCUGUUCUGUUUGUCGGGCCUCUCGACAUGUCGUGGGCGUGUCGUGGGCAUGUCGUGGCCGUGUCGUGGGCGUGUCGUUGUUCUGGGGCCCUGUCGCGUGCAUGUCGUGGCCGUGUCGUGGCCGUGUCGUGGCCGUGUCGCGGCCGUGUCGCGGGCGGCUUGGCACUUUGCCACGGGGCUGCGUCAUGGGCGUGUCGUGGGCAUGUCGUGGGCAUGUCGUGGCCGUGUCGUGGCCGUGUCGUUGCUCUGGGGCCGCGUCGUGGGAAUGUCGUGGCCGUGUCGUGGCCGUCUAGUGCUCGCGUCGUGGUCGUGCCCGGGUGGCAGUUCGGCCUUGCAGUUGCAAGAGCUCGUGAGCCGGCUGUGCUUUGGCUGCGCUGGGAAGUUCGACCGGGGCAGUCGCCGCGACCGCGAGCAGGCCCGGAGAUGGCUGGCUACCGCAGCCCAGGAGGCGGGCAAUUUGCGGCCCUCAGACCUGGCACUGCUCCGAGAGUCGAAGAUCUGGAGCACGCUGGCCUCGGCAGUUGGCAGGGCCGGCAAGUGGUCACAGGUGCUCGCCGCCUACGGCGCACUAUACAAGGCCGAAGACGACGUGGACCCACAGGUCGUCGCAGCGACCAUGGGCGUGUGCAGCCGCUCUUCGCACUGGCCCUGGGCGCUGCACCUCUUGGCCGCCGCGCCUUGCAGCGACCAAGGCACCAUGAACGCAGGCAUCACGGCCUGGGGCAAGGGAGCUCACUGGCAACAAAGUUUGCGCUUGCUCCGCUCCAUGCCCCUGGCGUCCUUCGAUGUCUCAGCCAUCUCCUUCAGCAGCGCCGUGAAUGCCUGUGCCUUGGGCGCGCAGUGGCAGACCGCCUUGGGAUUGCUCAGCGAGAUGGACGAGCUCCAUCUCGACAUCAGCGUGGUUGCCUACUCUGCGGCCGCCUCCGCCUGUGAGAAAGGCCGACGUUGGGAGUGGGCCGUGGAAAUGCUCCGGACGAUGGCGAAGGACGACGUGCAGCCAAACGUCGUGACCUAUGGCGCGGUCAUCAGCGCCUGUGAGAAAGGAUUGCAGUGGCAACGCGCGGUCGCCCUGUUAUCCGACAUGCAGCAUCAGGAGGUGUACCCCAACUCCGUGUGCUUCAACGCCGCCAUCAGCGCCUGCGAGAAAUGCGCGCAGGCCGACAUGGCUUUGGAGCUUUUCUGGCACAUGCGAGAUCGUGGCCCGCGUCCGGACGUCAUCAGCCUGAAUGCCGCCACCAGCGCCUGCGAAAAAGGGCGGCGCUGGCGCGAGGCUCUUGCUCUGCUGGGUCUGUCCGACUUGGGGUUUGGCGCAGAGCUCAUUACCUACAACGCGGCCAUCAGCGCCUGCGAGAAGUGCCAUCAAUGGCCUUGGGCGCUGCAUCUUCUAUCGGAGAUGCCGAAGGCGCGGCUGACGCCGGACGCGAUUAGCCUGAACGCCGCAAUCAGCGCCUGUGAGAAGGUGGGGGAUUGGCAGCGCGCCAUUUCUUUGCUGUACGGGAAGGGGCCACGCCCCACCACUAUCAGUUACAAUGCAGCCAUUGCCGCGUGCGAAAAUGCACGUCGCUGGCGCUUGGCCCUCCACCUUUUCACGGACCUCCAUGCCGUCAAACUCCUGCCGACCCUGGCGACAUACACGGUGACCAUCGCGGCGUGUGAGAAGGCGAAGCAGUGGGAGCUGGCGCUGCUGCUGAAGGAUGCCGUGCUGGCCUCCAAAAUUCGAGGGUCAAAAAACGAGCUGCUGGUCAUGUACAACAGCACCAUCUCGGCGUGCGAAAAAGCCAGGCGAUGGCAGCGCUCCCUCGCACUGAUGGAGGAGCUCCGCGCGGCGGGGCUUCAGCCGACCUGCGUGACCUACGGCGCUGCGAUAACGGCCUGCAGCCGAUAUACCGUCUGGACGGCGGCCAUGGAGCUUUGGGCGGACCUUCGCCGUGAGCGCGUGGACGUUGACACCGCAAUCUUCACGGCUGCUUUGAAUGCUGCCGAGAAGAACUGGAGGAGCGUCGUUCUUCUGCUCGAGGAGCUACGCGGUGAAGCCAUGCAGCCGGACCUCUACACGUACAACGCGGCCCUGACAAGCCUGGCCCAGGGGCGGCAGUGGCAGCGGGCGCUGCAGGCGUUUCUGGAGACCUUUGCAGGAGCCACCAUGGAGCUGUCGCCCAACAGGGUGUCCUACUACGCAGUCUUCUGCGCGUGCCUGGAAGGAGGCCUUCCGAGGCACCUCCUUCAGUUUCUGGAGGAGAUGGUGCAGGGAAGGGUGGAGCUGGAUGCCACGGCUGCAGGGGCUGCGGUGGACGCCUGCGAGGUGCUCACUGGGAAGCUGGCUGAGGGCGGCUUGGCACGGCUGAACCCGCUAAUCGCGACGUGA